UCUGUUUGGUAUUCGUCCCCUUUAAAAACUAUGCAGCCCUAGCGGCGGUAUUAUGUGGGCUCCCUGGAAAAAGUCUGCGGAGAGGGAAAGGGGGACGAGCCGAGCUGGAGUCGAGAGAUCAUGGCGGCACCUCUCGGACGGGACACCCUACCUGACUACUGGUCUUAUGGAGUUUGUCGAGAUGGUCGAGUCUUCUUCAUUAGUGAUAAAACUCAAAGCACUACUUGGCUACAUCCGCGCACUGGCGAACCUGUUAACUCUGGACAUAUGAUACGUUCAGAUUUACCAAGAGGCUGGGAAGAGGGCUUCACGGAAGAAGGAGCCAGUUACUUCAUCAACCACAACCUGAAGGCUACAUCAUUUCGGCAUCCUGUGAGUGGACAGAUUUCCCCUGAAAACAUAGAUUACACACUACAAGACAGGAUAGAAUCCCGUAUGUCCAAGUCAGCGGCCAAUCAGAGAUCAGCCAACAUGGUCACAGAGUCCUCCAAGGCUGUGACCUCAGCAGCAGUCGAUGCUUCCUCAGGGUCAAAGGGCUCCAGAGGUACGGGGAAAGUACACAAUUUUGGCAAAAGGGAUCAUGCUAUUAAAAGAAACCUCAAUAUCCCAGUGGUGGUGAGAGGCUGGCUCUAUAAACAGGACAGCUCUGGAAUGCGACUAUGGAAACGGAAGUGGUUUGUUUUGUCCGACUACUGCUUGUUUUACUACAAAGACAGCCGAGAGGAAACAGUACUUGGCAGCAUCCCUCUGCCCAGUUAUGUCAUUUCGCCAGUUGAGCCUGAGGACCACAUAAACCGCAAAUAUGCUUUCAAGGCGAGCCAUACUGGAAUGCGCUCCUACAUUUACAAUAAGAACUCUGUGAUUGGCUCACAGGCAGAACACUGCGGGAUGCGGACAUAUUUCUUCAGUGCGGACACACAGGAGGACAUGAAUGGCUGGAUCCGGGCCAUGAACCAGGCUGCGCUGAUGCAGCAGAGUCACAUGAUAAAGAGAGAGGUGGAGAAGCCAGAGAAAGCUGCACAACAGGCAGUCCCACAGACCAACCAUGUCCACACUAACCAGAGCUCAUCUCAGCCAGAAAGUGCUCACAGGACAGACAGAGGGGAAGCUCAGAGCAAUGGUAUCAGACUGGCUCACGGAGACGAGGUGAGGUAUGGAUUAGAGAUCCAGGGGAAACCCAGUCAGACAGCCCCACAGGAGAGAGUAGAGAGACUGUCUCCAGACGCUGUUAAUGAUGCUGCCCAUAAGAAUGGACAAAAGACUGUAAUCCAAGUGGCUCUGCCACCAGAACAAAAUGGAAAUCUUGUCUAUCAGAGGGGUUUCGUUACACGGGCAGACACUGAGAAGCAUGUUCAGAGGAAGAACACGUUGGCUCAGGUGGAGCACUGGGUCAAAGUUCAAAAAGGAGACCCCCCGAAGAGUGCUCCCUCUGCUGAGUUCAACCUCCCUCGAUGGACUCCUCCCUUAAAGCCCAAAUCAAGUGCAGCAGAUGUCACCUAUCAGUCAUUGCCAAAGUCUCCCCGUCUACCCUGUGGCAGCAGCUCUCCUCCAGCAACAUGCAAUCUGCCCAGUGACUACAAGUACGCCCAUGACCGGCUCAGCCACUUCCGUAUGUCCACUGACGAGCGAAUGGCCACCAAGGAGGGAAUGGUGUGGCAGCUGUAUGAGUGGCAGCAACGGCAGCAGUUUCGUCACGGCAGCCCCACCGCUCCUAUUUACACCGGCCCCAACUUCACAGACUCCUCAUCUUUCAGAGUGACUGUAGAAAUGCCACGCUCCAUCUCUGUUCCUCCAUCACCAUGUGAAGUCCCACCAUCAUCCUUCAAGCCCCUGUCUCCACGCAGACCACACACUCCUUCAGACAGACGCACAGUAAGGCCCUUGGAUGAAUUGGCACCAGGGGACAGCACAAGAUCAAGCUCACCCGGGCAUUUUUGUGCCCAUCUUUCUCAGAAUUCCCAAAUAGAGAGGAGGUCCGUGCCAGCCAUGGGCUACAUCACGCACACAGUCAGUGCUCCCAGCUUGCAUGGCAAAACGCCAGAGGAGCUGACUCUGCUCCUCAUUCAGCUUCGGAGGCACCAGGCCAAGAUGGCUGGUGCACAUAGUCCCAGCAAUGCAUUCGCUCACCUGCAGCACCACCAGCACAACGGCCUACUAGGCCCCAGCAUGCAGGCUGAUGAUACUUACAUACAACUGAAGAAGGACCUGGAGUAUCUAGAUCUGAAGGUGGGCCCCAACAAAGUUACUGGACGUGACAGUUUAAAGAAAGAAAGACCAUCAAGGCCUGUGAAAAUAGCAGAAAGUGAUGCUGAUGUGAAAUUAAGUCGACUGUGUGAACAAGACAAGAUUCUACAGGAGCUAGAGGCCCGGAUACGCACUCUGAAAGAGGACAAGGACAAGUUAGAAUCUGUGCUGGAUGUUUCCCACCAGCAGAUGGAGGACUACAGAGAUCAGCCAGCUCAUGCUGAGAAAAUUGCCUAUCAGCAGAAAUUACUACAAGAGGACGUGGUCCAUAUCAGGGCUGAAAUAUCUCAAGUAUCCACAGAGAUGGAAAAUGCAUGGAAUGAGUACAGCCAGCUUGAGAGGGACGUGGACUGGCUGAAGUCGGCCCUGCAGGGACAGAUGAGCCGCUGUGAUCUUUCUCAGCAAGAGAAGGUCCAGAUCAGAAAGGAGCUUUGGAGGAUUGAGGAUGUUAUCGCAGGUCUCAGCAGCAGUAAAGCCAACUACAAAGUCACCAUCUCCUCUGUUACCAACCCAGAGAGGAAAUUUGUGCCUUCGGUGUCAGUGUCAUCAGUGCCUUCUGUGUCUGGGAGCGCGUCUGCUAUGGAGAUGAGAUUGUCCCAGCAGCAGCAGCAGCACAGCCCCCACCUCAGUCCCAGUAGCCACACCCCCACCCUUUCCUCUAGUCUCAGCCAGCAGCCAUUACACCAUUCUACAGCUGUCAUCAGUGGGCCUAAGUGGAAUGAGGAAGAUGUGCCUCCCAGACCUCCUCUACCUCAGCUCUACAGUCCCGAUGAGCAUCCCCCCGCUGUGCCUCCCUUGCCCCGGGAGACAACAGUCAUCAGACACACCUCUGUACGUGGCCUCAAACGUCAGUCAGACGAACGUAAAAGGGACCGAGAGACUGGGCAGUACACAAACGGGGACGGCAAGGUGGAACUCAGGCCUUUCCUGAGUGAUCCAGAACUCAUGGGAGCUGGUGAUGGCUCCAGUCACAUUAGUGUUGUAACACCUGGGCAUGACGGAGGUUACAAGACAUUACCGAGCAGAGGAACGGGCGGAUCUUCACUUAGGUUAAAUCAGUCUUCGAGCAUCUCCUCAUACGUUACCCUCCGAAGAGCAACGUCAGCAGUUGGCAUAAAGGAGAGACCAAAAAGUGCCUUGGAGCGUCUGUACGCUGUGGACCCGGCGCAGCAGCAGCAGAGGGGGAAGAUGAGCGCUGAUGAGCAGCUGGAGAGGAUGAAGAGGCACCAGAAGGCCCUCGUCCGCCAGCGCAAACGCACCCUGAGUCACGGAGACCGCCACGCCGCUUCGUCGUCACGCACGUCAUCCUCACGCUCACUUUCAGCAGACUUGGGAUCAUGGAAGAGAGAGCAGGAGUUUGACCUGCAGUUACUCGAGAGGGCGGUUCAGGGGGAGGAGGCUCAGGGAGUUAGGAGUGUCCAGGGGGAGGAAAGACCUCCCGAGCACAAAGAGAGACCCCGCUCGCAUUCGGAUGAAUGGCUGACCUUCCGCUCCAUGGCCACAACCCCCCCUCCCACCCAUGAGGUUGACCUGGAACCUCUGGACUAUGACCUGGACCUUAACAAAGAGCUGUCCAAACCUCAGAAAGUGUCGAUUCCAGAGCGCUACGUGGACUCGGAGCCUGAGGAGCCACUCAGUCCUCAAGAAGUGGAGGAGCGUCAUCGUAAGGUGGAGCGUAUCAAAAGCAUCUUGGCAAAGUCCAGUGUGCAAAACCUAGCACCAGCGGUGUCUGCGGAGAAGCCAGAAGAGGUGCCAGUGGCGCUCGACUCAGCUCUGCAGGAACAGGAGCGGAUCAUCACCAUGUCCUACGCUCUCGCCUCAGAGGCUUCGCUCAAGAGCAAACUUGUUGCAGUUCCUCCACAGGUUAACGUCCUAACACCUCCUCCCCCACCCCCUCCUCCACCUCCUCCUCUUCCUCCCGUUUCUCUGGCGCCUCCUUCUCCUCUGAACAACGGAAUUCACUACACAUUUGUCUAGUCAGAAACAUGAACUCAAGCAAUUUCUGGACACUGAGGUGCUAUUUCACACUGACAACAAUCCACUGGGUUUUCAAAGCAAAGAGGAUUUUUGUUUGAUUCGGGACAUUUUUAUAUGCAGCAACAGAAAAACGGUAGCGACGCCUUGAACUUGCUCUCUGAGAUGUAUGCAGCAACAACUAACUGAGGUGUUUCAAAGCUGCUGAAAGCAACUUUCUAUAGAAAACCUGAGGACUUCGCUGUGGCUGUGGCUGUGGCUGUGCUUAUCAAAUAUGGAAAUGUCUAAAAAAAAAAUGUUAAUCUCAUAAUAGUAAAAUGACAUUUUCUACAAGUUAUCGCACUUUUAACUGUGCACUGUAUCAUAUUUUCAAGACACGACUGAAUUGCUUCUUGCAGUGUGAUCGCAACUGAAAAACUCAAAUGGAAUGUGAAGAGCGAGAAGGUACUAAAUGCGUCACGAUGAUAGUAUUUUUGUCAACACUCAGAUAAUAUUCUUAAACCAAACCACUUGAAAUCUCAUAUGUAUGUACUUGUAGCACUGCCAGUCCCCUUUAGGCUUGCCAAAAUAAAUUUUAUUUUUGCUUACAUCGGGAUGAAAAUAACCUCGAACAUAUUUUUUGUGUGACUUGAGAAGGUCGAGCAAUGAAAGUUUAUAAAAAAAAUGUGAAUAUUA